GUCAACGUCAACUUACUUUUUUUUCGAGUUCGAUUUUUCAAGAUUUCAAGGGAGGUCUUUCUUGUUGUUUUUGAAAAUUUGUAUCAAAAAUGUCGAUUUUAGCGAGCCCCUUAUCUGUGGCGGGUCAGAGAACAUCCGGGGCCCCAGUCCGAACCCAAAACGUUAUGGCUGCUGCUGCAAUUGCCAACAUAGUGAAAAGCUCGCUAGGUCCUGUAGGACUGGACAAAAUGUUGGUAGACGAUAUCGGCGAUGUGACAGUCACCAACGAUGGAGCCACCAUCUUGAAACUGUUAGAAGUCGAACAUCCCGCUGCCAGGAUCUUGGUUGAGCUGGCUCAACUUCAAGACGAAGAAGUCGGAGAUGGAACCACAUCUGUUGUUAUUAUCGCUGCUGAAUUACUAAAGAAUGCCGAUGAAUUGGUGAAGCAAAAAAUUCAUCCAACUUCUAUUAUCAGCGGUUACAGGUUGGCUUGUAAAGAAGCCUGCAGAUAUAUUCAAGAUCAUUUAACUAUUCCUGUAGAGGAUUUGGGAAAGGAAUAUAUUAUCAAUGUUGCCAAGACUUCUAUGAGUUCUAAGAUUAUUGGAGCUGAUGCAGAUUUAUUCUCUGCAAUGGUUGUUGAUGCAGCAUAUGCAGUUAAAGUUACAGAUGUUAAAGGUAACCCUCUAUAUCCAAUUAAGGCUGUGAACGUACUUAAAGCCCACGGACGUAGUGCUAGGGAAAGUACCUUAAUCCAAGGCUACGCCCUAAACUGCACAGUAGCUAGCCAGGCAAUGCCCAAAAAAAUUGUUGGAGCCAAAAUCGCAUGUCUCGAUUUUUCUUUGCAAAAAGCUAAAAUGAAGAUGGGAGUCCAAGUACUCAUCAACGACCCUGACAAGCUCGAAGCUGUCCGUGCUCGCGAACUAGACAUAACCAAAGAGAGAAUCCAAAAAGUCUUGUCCACCGGGGUUAAUGUGAUUUUGUGCUCGGGAGGUAUCGAUGAUUUGUGUUUGAAAUAUUUCGUCGAGGCUGGAGCUAUGGGAGUGAGGAGAGUCAAGAGGGUCGACUUGAAGCGUAUCGCUAAAGCUACUGGGGCCACGUUUUUGACUUCUCUGUCAAACAUGGAUGGUGAGGAAUCAUUUGAUGCCAAUAUGGUUGGAGAGGCAGCUGAAGUUUUGCAAGAAAGAAUCUCAGAUGAUGAAUUGAUUAUUAUUAAAAACCCAAAACAACGUACUGCAGCUUCAAUAAUCCUACGUGGACCAAAUGAUUUUUAUUGUGACGAAAUGGAACGUUCCGUACAUGAUGCUCUGAGUGUCGUCAAACGAGUCUUGGAGUCAAAAAGCGUUGUAGUAGGAGGUGGCGCUGUUGAAGCAGCUCUGUCAAUAUACUUGGAAAACUUUGCAACAACUCUCAGCAGCAGAGAACAAUUGGCCAUAGCCGAAUUCGCUAGGACUCUUUUAGUAAUUCCCAAAACUUUAGCUGUAAAUGCUGCUAAAGAUGCCACAGAUUUAGUGGCUAAGCUUAGGGCUUAUCACAAUUCAAGCCAGACUAAGUUGGAACACGCAGAUCUUAAAUUUGUCGGCUUAGAUCUUAUUGAAGGUACAGUAAAAGACAACCGGAAAGCUGGAGUUUUGGAACCCACAGUUUCGAAAAUUAAAUCUUUGAAGUUUGCUACGGAAGCUGCAAUUACUAUUCUGAGGAUAGACGAUAUGAUUAAAUUGGAUGCUCAGGAAAAAGGAGGCAGGAGCUACCAAGAAGCCUAUCAGUCAGGACAACUCUAUGAUUGAUUAUUAAUUUUUUUAGCUUUAGUUUUUUUUUGCCUUGAUCAUUUAACCAUAAUAAUUAACAUAAUGUCUUUAUUAAAAACAGGGUUGAAUAAUUGUCCUGCAGUAUUUAAACAUUUUCUUAAUGCUUAUUUUCUUAUUAAUUUAGGCAUUGCAUUCACGAUUUAUUAAAUUAAUUAUAUACACGUUUUUAAGUAAUUUUGACUUUUGAACAUUCAACCUCGGCAAAUUAGUCUCUAUCUACCCUGAGCAAACC